CGUCUCUCUCUCUCUCUCUCUCUCUCUCUCGUCUACAUUCCUUUCUUCCGCCAAAAGAAACGGGACGGGGGGGAUUUGGGAGAGAGGUUUUAUAGAGAUUUUUACAGAAGACCCAAUCUGGUCUCAGAUUUCUCUAUCCGUCUCUCUCAAGAAUUUUCUAGCUAUCUGCAGCAAUGGCGGCCCUGCAGUACCUGGAUUCGCUCCGCAAUGACCAUCCGGAGCUUGCCGACUGGUACAAUACCCUCGCAGACCUGUAUCAGAAGAAGCUCUGGCACCAGCUCACCCUCAAACUCGAACAGUUCGUCGCUCUCGCCGUAUUUCAGGCUGGUGAUACUCUCAUACAAUUAUAUCAUAACUUCAUCACUGACUUUGAAACCAAGAUCAAUCUUCUUAAGCUUGCACAUUUUGCUGUCGUAGUCUCUCGGCAGUAUCCAGAUAAAGAAGCUGCCAUUAGUUAUCUAGAAGGUGUGAUUGAGAAGCUUCACGCUACUAGAGAGACUCGCAUUGAGGAACCAGUUGUUUACAUUAAAAUGCAAAUAGCUACCUUAAAGCUUGAGAAAGGCGAACAAAAGGAGUGCAAGAAACUUUUAGAAGGUGGGAAGAGCACACUUGACAGCAUGACUGAUAUUGAUCCAUCUGUGUAUGCCAGUUACUAUUGGGUUUCAUCACAAUACCAUAAAUCUAACCAGGAAUUUGCUGAAUUUUACAAAAGUGCUCUUCUUUAUCUGGCAUACACAUCAGUGGAGUCUCUAUCUGAAUCAUUUAAGCUGGAUUUGGCAUUUGAUUUGUCCUUAGCUGCAUUGCUUGGAGAAAACAUAUACAACUUUGGGGAACUUCUUGCGCAUCCAAUUAUAAAAAGUCUUCUAGGGACAAAGGUUGAAUGGCUCUACUACAUUCUUGAAGCAUUUAACACUGGUAAUUUAGUUCGUUAUCAAGAAUUAUGCCAUGUGCAUAGAGCUGCUCUAAGUUCUCAACCAGCACUAGUGGAGAAUGAGAAGAAGCUUCUUGAAAAGAUUAACAUUCUAUGUUUGAUGGAAAUCAUCUUCAGUCGACCAUCAGAAGACAGAACCAUACCACUGAGUAUCAUUGCAGAGCGCACCAAGCUUACUGUAGAGGAUGUGGAGUAUCUUCUCAUGAAGAGCCUUUCUGUUCAUCUUAUUGAAGGGAUAAUUAAUCAGGUGGAGGGAACUGUUUAUGUUUCUUGGGUGCAACCAAGAGUUUUGGGUAUUCCUCAGAUCAAAUCGUUGCGUGAUCGGCUGGAUAAUUGGAUGGGCAAAGUACACUCGGCUUUGUUGUCGGUAGAGGCAGAAACACCCGAUCUGGUUGCAUCUUAAUGUGUUGGUUACAGAUUUUUUGUCUCUGUUGGCCCUGUGAAACGAACUCUAUAUAGCGCGCGCGGCAUAGAAGGAGGAUUGUUAGUAAAUGGUUGGGGGGGCCAUGCCAUAUCAUUUGAAUGGCUUCAAAUAGUUUCCAUCAUUUAUAUUUCUUUGGAAGGAACAGACAGUGUCUUCUCUUGUUCUUCCUCUCAACUGGCAGUUUUACGUACUCUUUACACUAACUAGUUGUUGGACAAUGUAGUGCAAAUCUUCCGUUGUUAUGCUCAGAUCAGAUAUGAUCCAUGCAAUUAGUGGAUCUGCAUCUGCUUGUGGUGGUUUACUUUUAACUUCGGCAAACGUGGCAUUUUCACAUCUUGUUUUCCAUUAUUAUUAUAUUUUUCACAUCUUUUCAUUAA